AUCUCCAUGGCUUGAUCUUGGAGUCUCCACGUGUCAACAAGACAGCCACGUGGUCUCACCAGGGUGCCGCUAUUGGUUUUCUUCUCGUCACUCGUCGGUCCAUAUGAUCCCACAUGACAAAAUAACUCCUCCAGUCUCCAAAUUGAACUUUUCUCCUCCUCUCGAGCCUUCCCGUUUUCCAGUUUCGCCCGGGGCACCGAAACACCCGCCACGCCGAACAGCCAUGGCUUCCUUGAGCUCGCUCUACCCUCCGUCGCUGUGUUCUUGCUCUUCCUCUGGGUCUUCGAUCCACGCCAGAAAUUCGAUCGAAUCGAGACUAGCUCCAUCCCUUUCUCGACACACAAACCACCGUCUUCUCGCCGUCAGCUCUUGCCGUCCGAGGAGGACGAGGGGGAGCUUUGUUCUGAGAUCGGCCCUUGAAGACACCUACGUCCUCGAACCACCGCCGCCCGCCCUCCCUUCUGCUAGCAGCGCUGAACGUAUCGACUGUUUGAAGCUCAAAUUGCUGGGUGUGGUUUCUGGGCUCAACCGGGGUCUUGCUGCAACUGAAGAUGAUCUAAAGAAGGCAGAAGCUGCAGCCAAGGAGCUUGAAGAUGCAGGAGGACUAGUGGACCUCGCAUGUGACUUGGAUAAGUUGCAAGGGAGAUGGAAGCUUUUGUACAGCAGCGCCUUCUCUUCUCGAACUCUAGGCGGAAGCCGUCCUGGUAUCCCCACCGGAAGACUGUUACCCGUCACUCUUGGCCAGGUUUUCCAACGGAUAGACGUCGUGAGCAGAGAUUUCGACAACAUAGCUGAGCUUCAAUUGGGUGCUCCAUGGCCAUUGCCACCAGUUGACUUGACUGCAACUUUAGCCCACAAGUUCGAACUCAUAGGAUCGGCCAAGAUCAAAAUCAACUUUGAGAAAACAACAGUGAAGACGACGGGUAACUUGAAGCAGCUUCCUCCGCUGGACAUCCCUAAGCUACCAGAGGCUCUGAGGCCUCCAUCAAGCCCGGGGUCUGGAGACUUUGAGGUCACCUUCCUCGAUGGUGACACUCGGAUCACUAGAGGGGACCGUGGCGAGCUUAGGGUGUUUGUUGUCUCAUGAUUUAUGGAACAUUGGGCAGUGAAAUGACACCGCUACUCCAUCAAUAUGUUUCCUAGUUUGUGUAUGAGAGAAUCAUCCGCAGCUGUUGAUGUAUACAGUUCUUUUUUCUGUGUUUUGUGGAGUUUUGUAUAGUGUAACACUCUGCAAUCUGCAUAUGUCAUGGCGCAAUCAGUGGGCCGAGUCUGGACAAUGGACGAUAUGUGCAAUAUGGUUUGAGUGCUGCUUUGAUGGUAUGAGCAAAUGGUCUGUCGCAAACUCGCAAUGUCAAGAGAUGUUAAUUUUAUAAGGGUGUUCAUCAGCUGAAGAACUGUGCAUUCUUGCACGUUUUGGUUUAUCGAUUUUGCUUUUUGCUGUAAAAAAAUAAUGUAACUCAUCAGCCCUAAUCUAUUUGGUAGACUGAUAUGGCGGCAAAAAUAUUUAAUCUCUGCCAUUGGUUAAGCAGAUGGAAAUUUGGACGCAUUUUAGUAGGGGUAGUAUUCCAAUGGAUUAGCUUGAUUCGUUUGGCAACAUAAUAUUUGGGUAAAUGUCACAUUUGAUCUGGGUAAUCAUUGUCAUUGAGAUUAUAAAUCAUGCCAUGUUUAGUAAAUAAAAAAAUUUAAU